UGACGGGGAGUUGGGGGGGGGGGUGUGGUCGUGUGCUACUUACAAAUAACAACAGCAACACUACUUAAACAAAGACACGCUGCAUGGUGAGGGCGGGGCCACAAGCACAAAGAAACAUAUUGUCAUUGUUAUUUUUAGUCCUCUCUUCCAGAUCGACCAGAAUGGGGGUUUGCAAAUUAAUUAGCGAGAGGAUGACAACUCGGAUGUUUUGGAAAUGUGUUGGAGUUCUUCUGGCUUUGACCUUUGCCAUUUUUUACCUGAGCAAAUAUAAGCAGAACUCUAGAAUAUCUCCAGUACCAGUUACCACGUGUGAUCACCUAACAAAUAUCUUCAAAACAAAGAAGACCCAGAUUACGAAACCAGAUUUACCACAAGUCACACCAAUCUUUCCUGAGAUGAAAACCGAUAAAUGCAUAGAAACCGUCAAAUGGAAAUUUCUCGAAAAUUUUUCACACGAGGAAGAAAAUGGUUUCAAACACUGUAUUCGGAAAAAUGAACAUCCAGAGGAGCUAUUUAGGUCUUAUUUUGAACGUUUAAACCCAAAUAUUACAUCUGAAUAUUUCUCCUUCCUUAAAGAAACACCCGAUGUUGUAGUCGUUGAAAUCGGAGGAUACACUGGACAACUUUUAAAGAAACUGGUACCCAUAACUGGUGCCAAGGCUUAUGCUGUUGUGGAACCAGUUCCUUCUUUUUUUGACAAGUUAAACAUGCACAUUGAUAUGUUGAAUCUGUAUUCAGUAGUGAAAACUUAUAACUUUGGGUUAGGGAAAACUUACGAAGAAAUGUCUGUGAAAAUUCAAGGAGUUGGAACUUCCAUUUUUCAUAUUUUGCUAUCGGGAAAAACCGAAACGAUUAAGAUCGUAAAUGUCGUGGACUUCUUCAUACAAAUAGGGGUGGGGUGUAAUACUGUGGAUCUGCUGACUAUCAACUGUGAGGGUUGUGAGUUCGACGUUUUGGAGACAUUACUAUCCACAACUCUUAUUGAAAAGUUUGAUCACAUUCAAUUUCAGCCACACCAUACUGUUUCGGUUCCUGGGAAUUACAUCUGUCGCCAUUGUCGAUUACGUCAGCUUCUGGCGCGAACACAUACUAUAGAGUACGAAUAUCCACACAUCUGGGAAGCAUGGAGGAGAAAUAAAUAAAUUAGGAGCC